AUGGAAUCUCUUGGCGUGCAAAAGACUAUCAAUUCCCUCCAAGCCAACUGGGUAUGGGUACCCAACUGGGUUGACUCGUCGAUAAUCAGUACAGCCGCACGAUUGGUCUCUUUUACUCGCAGAUUCGACCUUCACUCCAUUCCUGACGAGGCUAUCCUCCACUUUUCUGCCGAUACCAGAUACAAGCUUUUCGUAAAUGGGUCUCGAGUAGCUGUUGGACCUUCGAAAGGUCAUUCCACUAUAUGGUACUAUGAUAGCCUGGACAUCGCUCCGUGGUUGCGAGAGGGGAAGAAUGACAUUGAGUUCUUGGUAAUUAGAUACUUCGCCGGAUCUCGAGGUGGUAUGCCUUUUGAGAGAACAACAUUUCCUGGUUUUACUAUUAUUGGUACCGCUGGAGAUGUGGAUUUGAAGUCGGCCAAAGGAUGGUCUGCUGUUGUAGAUGAAAGCAGGCAGUAUCCAACGGGUCUGGUGGAUGACGUGUUCCUUCAUAUCAACGAACGAGUCUCUCCUACGGCUAUCAAUAACUCUGUGACACCGAUUCCAUACUCUUUCAAAACAUUGAAUGGAGAGCUCGCUCCUUGGCGUUUGCAACCCCGUGCCAUACCCAUGCCAGAGAGUUCGCCAGUAUCAGUGAACUCUAUCCAAAACGCUCAUAGUACAACCUCUAAUGACGACUGGACUUCCUAUCUCUCUGGCAACAGAAGUCUCACUCUCUUACCCUCUACUGAGCACAAGCUUGAUAUUCAGGCGGAUGUACAUUCUACCGCAUUCACUCGAUGGACAUUCAAGGCGAAAGAAGAUACGCAAAUUAAACUGAAAUUGACUUACUCGGAAGGCUAUGAAUUGGAACCGCGAAUGUAUCCUUGGUUACGUACCAAAGCGAACCGGACGGACUCUAAGAACGGACUCCUUCUUGGUCCUUACGAUGAGGUAGUCUUGGACAUCCCGGCUGGAAAGUCUACCUCGUACGAACCGUUCUGGUUUCGAACAUUCCGACUGAUACGCUUUGACAUUAGUGUUGGUGAGAACCCUGUAGAGCUUGUGUCAUUCGAAGCAACACAAGUAAAUUAUCCGUUAGCUGUCAAAGGAAGUUGGAAAGAACCGGGAGACGAUUAUAGUGAAAGAAUCUGGGAUGUGUCGAUCAGAACACUGAGAAAUUGUAUGUUUGACGGAUAUUCAGACUGUCCUUUUUACGAACAGCUUCAAUAUUCUGGAGACAGUCGAUCUGUUGGUCUAUUUCACUUCCUGAUCUCCGGUGAUGAUCGUCUCAUGCGACAAGCUAUCACAAAUUACGCCGCUUCCAUAACUCCCGAGGGUCUCACACAAUCUCGGUUCCCCUCUCAUGUACCUCAAAUCAUUGCCGGGUUUUCGCUUUAUUGGAUAUUGCAGAUCUGCGAUCACUAUCUUUUCUUUGGUGAUACAGCCUACUCUCGAUCCUUUGUACCCAGGAUCGACGGGGUCUUCGAAUUCUUCGACCAACACAUCGAUGAGCUCGGUCUCGUUAGUGGUAUCAGUGAGGAUGUUUGGCAAUACUGUGAUUGGGUCACUACGUGGGGUGCAACAGAUGAACAUCCCGAUAAGGGCGUUCCAAGCUCGGGGAGGAAGAGUAAUAGACAUACUUAUCUCAGUUUGCUUUACGCUUACGUACUUGGAGAAGCCGCCAAGCUUCUACGACAAGUGGGCAGAUCUGGCAAUGCUGAAGAAUACGAGAUCCGGGCACAAUCUCUUAGAAAGGCAAUCAAAAAGCAUUGCUAUGAUGGACAAUUUUUCACCGACUCUACGGCGGAUAUUGCAGAUGAUCUUGCUUAUUCCCAACAUUGCCAAGUAUUUGCUGUCCUUGCUGGUGUUCCUCCAGCGGAAGAAGCGCAGAGGCUUCUGACUCAAGCGUUCUCGGAUGCAAGAUUCUCCAAGUGUUCUUAUGUUAUGAUGUUUUACGCACUUCGAGCGUUUGCCAAAGCUGGUGACAAAGUAUAUGAAGAUUACUAUUCGACUGCUUGGAUCCCGUGGAGGCGAAUGUUGGAUAACAAUCUGACAACAUGGGAGGAAGACGAUGUACGUCAGAGAUCGGAUUGUCACGCUUGGGGCAGCGUUCCCAUAUAUGAAUACUGCACUCAAGUAGCUGGUGUACAGCCUAUCGCUGCUGGGUGUAGCAAGAUUCUUUUCAAACCUCGUUUGGGGCUUUCCGAGAAUUUAGGAGUCAAGGUAGCUCUUGGUAAAGACAACGUGGCUACUGUCUCAUGGGCCAAAGAGGGAGAUGGUAAGCGAGUCAAUCUUACAUUACUCAAGGCUAUCGAAGUUAUCAGCCAGCUGCCCAACGGAAAGGAAGAGAAGCAUGGUUUGGUGGAUUCUUUGCACUUUUUGUAUUGA